CUUUGCUCUGUUGUUUAGAAACUUGCACCUGGGAAGAGCGCGCUUUGACGUAAAAGCGACCACAAGCUUGGAGACAGAAGGAACAACAACUCAGUAGUGAAGAGACUAACCGUAGACUGAAAUGCCAGACAAAUUUGGGAAAGAGGCACUUGAAGCUCACAACAGAUACAGGUCUCUGCACCAGGCUCCUCAGCUGACUUGGUCAAGAUCUCUGGAAAAGGACGCGGAAAGGUGGGCCAAACAGCUGGCGAAAGAAGGAAGACUGAGACACGAGGAUAUUGACGACGGAGAAAAUGUGUAUUCCGUAACGGGGAAGAGUGAUGUUACGGGCGGGGAAGUCGUGGAUCGGUGGUAUGCAGAGGUCGACAAUUAUGACUUCAGAAGUCCAGGCUUCAAAAGCGGCACUGGCCACUUCACACAGAUCGUGUGGCAAGAGUCGAAGGAACUGGGAAUAGGCAAAGCCAAGAGUUCUGAAGGGAAGAUCAUUGUUGUUGCACGAUACAGACCACCAGGGAAUGUUCUCAAUCACUUUCAGGAUAAUGUAAAACCAAAGCUUGGCAGCUCAGUAAGUUACAGUUCUAGGGAAAGAGAUCCGAGAGCGUUCAGUAGUCGACUGGAACCGCAACGAGAUUUUGAUGGAGGUAGAAGGUCUCCUAAUCGCCAGGAGAAAACGGAAACAGUCACUUACGACCGGGAUGGUGUCAAAACAACAGUGACGAAAACAAUUAUCACUGACGGAGGAAGAGGAGAUUCAUUUGAGAGCUUUACAAGGGAUAUGCGAAGUAGAUUUGACGAAGACCCUUUCAAGGAUAGAAAGGACAGAUGGGAACGAAAUGACCCCACUAAAGAUAGGAAGGACAAAUGGGAAAGAAAUGACCCUUUUAAGGAUAGGAAGGACAAAUGGGAAAGAAAUGCUCAGGGACCAUCUUCCUCAACCUCGUGGAGCAGCCAAAAACCCAGGGAACCUAAACCAGCAGAGAGAUUUACACCUUCCAGCUCAGCUACAUCAUCUCCUAAAGGACCAUUUCCAAAGCAGUCUCUAGACACACACAACAGAUUCCGUUCCAUGCAUGGCGUGCCACCUUUAAAGUGGGCGGACGACCUUGCUAGGGAAGCGCAAGCCUGGGCUGAGAAACUUGCGCGCGCACGUACAUUGCAGCACUCAAGCAAAAGCGAAAGAAAGGACGCUGGAGAAAACAUAGCCAUGUUUACUGGAAAAUUUGAUUCUGCUGGAGAGGAAGCAACCACCAUGUGGUACGACGAGUAUAAGAAUUACAACUUUCGUCGUGGUGGCUGGCAGGGAGGGACUGGACAUUUCACGCAGAUCGUAUGGAAGGACAGUAAAGAGUUAGGAAUGGGUCGAGCUAAAACCGGAGAUGGCAGUCUAACGUUCGUGGUGGGUCGAUACCGUCCCGCUGGCAACGUUAUUAACUACAUGGCGGAAAAUGUGUUUCCAAGGGGAGGCCGCUGACUUAAUCAGUGGAUGGAACUGUAGUUUUACUUCAACUAAAAGUAUUUGUUAUUGCAUUUUGCAUGGGAGAAAACAGAACAAAACUAAACUAAAUAAAUAAAAAAUAGAAGUUUGGGCCUGAAAACAACCCGCUGUCUAGGUAAUUGCCAAUAUUCAUAUAUCUAGGUACAUAUGACAAGUUUAAUUGCGAAAGCUGGAAUGACUAAGUAAAUGUCUAGAUUGGUUAUCACGUAUCAUAUAAUUUAUGCUCAUACGUGCAUGGAAACUCAUUUUCAAUUGUAAAUGGAGCACGUUCCAAGACCUAGAGGUUUGAUACUUGCGGCCACGAUACGUUUAUACAUAUAAUUAUCCAUUCCAUGGUAAACCAAGGAAUUUUAUUAUUAUUAGAGGAGUUGUAACGAUUUCAUAUACAUAUUUUAGGAAUCGCAGCCAUUUAGGAACGUUUCAGAAUGUAAUUGCUUCGAAAUUAUUCCUGAAAAUGAGCUGUGUAAGAAAGUAGGUGGCUUCUGCGUAGUGAUGGUGCCAGUUUGCUCCCACAAAUUUGAAGACUUACGCAAUAUAAGUCAAUUAUAACAAAAAUGCAGAAAAAUCAGUCUCUGGCUGUCACAUAAAUCACUUAAUGAGCACAGUUUGCUCUUUUAUGUCAUAAAAAUAAACUUGAUCACGUUA